AUAUGCCGCGGUUGUGACUGAACUUCGCGUGGCAAUAUACAGACGCGUUUGUAUAAAUGAUUUAAUUUCGACACAAGGUAAACAGAAUCGACGGCAAUUGUUUUGCAGGAGAAGAACUUGAGCCGUUUGUUUUCAGCAUACCGAAAUGAGUUCAAAACGCGUUAAUGAGAGUUUUCUUGAGGGUCAAACUGAGGAAACAGAGUGUUUGCUUAACACAUUCGCUGAUGUCACGAAAGAAUUUGUUUCUCUGGAGAAAAUGAAGAAUUGUCGCAAAGACGAAGAGAAAUUAGGGAAACAAGGACGACAGAAUGAAGAAACGGUAUAUAGAGAAGCUUAAGACAUAAAAUAUUUCAUUCUCGAUUCAUAUAGCUUACGUUUGUUGACGAUCGCAACUACUCGCUUUCUUUAUGUAACCCAACAGUACUAAAUUUAGUAUUCAUAAUUUUUAGUUCCAAAUAGAACACUCUGCAGGAGGUCCAGAAGAUGUUGUAAUUUUAGUGGACGAAAUAGUUCACAGAAACGAAACUGUAGAAGCUACUGAAAGAUACAAAGCCACAGAAACACACGAGUCCUCCAAAAAACAACGCGAAGUUUCAGGGUCCUUCAGAGAAGAAAGCAAGGUGGAGGAUGGGGCUACAUUUGAAAGAUUCGCAACCCUGGCUGAACCAGAAGAAAGCGAAAACGAAGAUGAGCUUCACCUCAACAAAAAACAGCAAGAAGGACUUCUUCUUUAUGAGAACUUUGAGAACGAAGCUUGUGAAAACUGCUUCAAAGUUCUGGAGGAAAACGCGGAACAGUUGACAAAGCUAAACUGUUCUGAGAAGAUGUACACUUUGGAGGAUCCUUCUUUGAAAGAAACGGAUACGUUUGACGAAACAGCAGCACUAAAGGAGAAAUCUUGUAAAUUCCCGCAUAAUGUUGACUUGGAUUCCAGCGGCUCAUUCCGUGCAAGUAUCCACAGCCUUUCAACCUGUCAGGAAUCAUUACCAUCCUCCAGAGGGUGUCCAAGCAAGAGAGAUCUCUAUCUAGAUCUCGAGUGUCGAAUUUGUCACGAUGCCGAAGGCCAGGAUCUUAUCAGUCCGUGUCAUUGUGCGGGCACCUCGAAAUGGGUGCAUGAAUCGUGUAUUAUCAAGUGGAUACGUCAUACGAAAACGAAGCAAUGCGAGAUAUGUACAUGUCCCAUCACUGUGAAACGUAAGAAAAAACCAAUUGACCAGGUAGGGGAAAAUAUUUUCAAACGUGUUGUCUAGUGUAGGUAGUAUCGUAUAAGUUUGGGCGUGAUUAUAUAGCUUGAUCGUCGACGUUUUCUUCGAAAGGACGUUUUUCAGGGCGAAGGUGAUGAAUGUAUUACUGAUACGACUGAGAGAAAGUGAUUUUGGAUAUAGAGGGCGAUGCAUUAGUUUGCUUUGAAGACAUUGAUCGAUUUAAAGAUUCGUGCUUAGACGGGACAGCCACUGAGAUACGAUAUAAAGAUUCGAUAGGAUUUUCUAGCUCUUGUAUUAAUCACGCACAUGGAACAUAUAGUCCGGGUUCGAUAAUAUCCUCCUAUAUUGCUAGAAUUCUUACCAUGCCAACUUUCAAAACCAAAAACUAAACCCAAAAGUUAUUUUUAACCACAUUUGUUAAUUAUUGGUGGGCACAAGUAUUUAGUAUAUGUAUUCUUCAUGUUUGUGCACGUAAAUUAUGUGGGCGAUCGUGAAUUAAGUAUGCUGAUUUCCACUGACAUUGUUUGUGCGGUUAAGAACUAUGCUGGUACCCGUUCCUGCUUAUAUUAGCUGUCGUCUUGACUCUCCAUCUUAUUUAGACUAUUUAGUAUCUAGUGCAGCUUUGUGAUCUGUGAAUCACGCGAGUCAACAGGUUCUUCAAUACCGAAUCUUUUGCUCAAAUUUUCUUACUCUCAUUGGCAUGUUUCUCUUAGAUUUUUAGUCUCAUUCCACCAUUUCUCUGUCAUCUAUUUUCCGUUACCAACGAGUUCUGAGAACUGUCUUAGUUUUCGUCGAUACUACUUGCAUGUAAGAGAUAUUAAAGAAAACUUCGCCGUUUCUGAAGGCGCUAAGUAUUUGAAACACCACAUAUGUAAUAUUUUCUCGGUUAUUCCAGAUAUCAUUGCAUGGUAAUCUUGUGAUUUCAUCGAUAAAAAUAGCCAUUGCAAUAUUUUGCGCACACUUUCGUAGAUUAAAGCGUUGUUACACUUGUGCAACUUGUCUCGCAAUGUUAAGAACAACGAUUUCAAUAUUGCAUUUGCAUUGCAAGCGAUGUUACAUCAAGCAAUAUUUUUCAUGCGCAACUUGUAUUGAUCAUGCAUGGUUAAAAAUAGCAUAAAAACCGCGAGUGUUAACGUUUGCGGCCAAAUUGUCAGCCAUUACUGUAAGAACCAAUAGGAAGCCAGACAAGUUGCAAGAGGGAUGUUACACCACGCAUUUUCCAUCCAUUUCCCGUUACCAACUGAUUACUCUUCGUUUUGAUCGUAACCACACGAAAUUGGAGGUUUUUCGAUCGUCAGUGGAAAUUAGUUGUUGAGACACAAAUAGCCGUUCAAAGUAACGGUUAUACCAGAUACAUAUAAUUGUGUGGUAAUAUUGUGAGUGUCAUUGAUAAAAAUAGAUAUGAAGAUCAGUUUAUAUGUGGUUAAGUUAAGAAAAUUAACAUUUGUCAUAACUAUUUUUAACUUGUAUAGAAAAGACAGGUCAUGGUUAUUAAUGACAUAUACGCGAAUGCACGAAAAACAAUUGUUUUGGAAAUAGAGAACUUUUUACCCCAUAUAUAGUUGUAAUGUUGCAGUAAUUCUUGCGCAAAGUAAAACCUAAUUUUAAAAUAUUCAACGAAACGAUUUCCCGGCUUAACACUACAAGACAAGUUUCGAAACAAGUUACAUAGUGUAACAACGCCUUAAUAUUUUUCUUCAAUUUUCUAGUGGACCCGCCCAUCAGCUUCAUGUGGACCAUGCAACAAACUUGAUAUUUGGUACUGUUUCGUUCUGGCUUUAUGUGUGCUAAUUAUCGUUGGUUUCGUGGUGCUACAGAGUCAUUACGAUGUUACUGACCAGGUAGAAACGACAGUAAUCUUCGCUUCAAUCUACGUUCUCUGUGGCAUGAUCAUCAUGAUGAAAGCGCGCUACUUCUGGACAUGGUUCGUACAUAGAAGUUCUUUCUGGGGAAAUUGGAAAAAUCUGAACGAGGAAUGGAAAAUUAUCGAAGCAAAUGAGGCUGAUGUCCAGUCCCCUGUGUCACCUGUUUAGGACGUCGAGCUCGGAGUGAAUGGAUAUCACUGCCAGUCUUAUUCAGUUUUACCUCGUUCCGACAAGCGUGUCCAUGCGUUACGCGCAUACUGUACGCUUUUGAACCAUGUUUAAAUUGCUUUUAGUUGCUUGAAAGUUUCAUUUCUGGCUAGUCAAAACCAGGAGACCUGAGACAAAGCCUAGCCAAAGGGUAAUUGAUUAUAUGAGUGAAUAUAGCCUCAUAACACACAUUUACACGCUGUGAACGAAGCAUUAACCCUAGCUAUUGUUUUUAUUUCUACGUACUGAAAAACACUAGAUGAAAAUUAAACGUAAACCAGGCACGCGUAUUCAGCGGGGAAACUUUGGAACAGGAAAUAAGCCGGCGUUUAUUUAAUGAAUAGUAAAUUAAAGAACGCAGUCCUAUAUAUUUGUUCAUACAUACAUUUGUGUCAUAACUAUACGUAAGGUGUCUUUGUUGAUAAAAAUAAAGG